AUGGAAAAGAACGAAAAGAUUGAGCAAAUUCGCAACCGCAGGUUGCGAAUCUUGGCCAGCCUUGCUUUGGGUUGUUGCCUCGUUGGGGCCGUGUUUGUUUCCUUCCAGGGAAGCGACUUCUUCUCCGACAAGCCACCGUCCUCGUCAAAGCCGUCGCUCGCGAAGGCUUCUGAUGUAGCGGGGCCUUCAGAGUCACAGUUGGUGGCACAAGUGAAAGAGCUGGACCAAAAAGUCCGUGACAUUAAAAAGACUGGCGUUUUCCUAGAGGUCGACCCGAAAGGUCUCGAAGCGAGUCGUCAACUCCAAGACGCCACUCGACACCUUUUGGCACGCCGAUACGGUAGCAAAGAACCCUACCGAGUCCGUGUGGACUUGAAAUUCCAAGAAUCAAAUCCCACGUAUGAGGCCAAUGGCGAAGAUGGGUCAUUUACAAUCGAACUGGCGCCGUCUCGUUUGGUACCGCACUCCAUUUUUAGUUUUCUGGAAAUCGCACGACACUGGGAUGAUCACAAAGGCGCCUUUCACCGCCGCGCCAAUCACGUGCUGCAAGUCACCGUAAAAGGUAACCAAGUCCCGCACCUAGCCUUUCAGGAGUAUAGCGACCUCUUCCCACACGUCAAGGGAACAGUGGGCUAUGCUGGAAGACCAAGUGGACCGGCUUGGUACGUGUCUAUUAUGAAUAAUUCCAACAAUCACGGGCCCGGGAGUCAGCAGGCCGCGAAUCCGCACGAAGCAGAUUCCUGCUUUGGAAAAGUCGUGGAAGGCUUUGAUGAUGUGGUGCUGAAACGAAUAACUAAAAUGCCUGGAACGGGAUUUUUGGAUAAGGACAAGCACGUCUUCAUUGAUAAGAUGACCAUUCUCGUAUUGGACGACACAGGAAAAUAUGUACCAUGGAAACAAUCUGGAACUCUGGUUCACAGUGACCCACAUGCAGUUUACGCUUACAUUAAGCCUAUAUCACUCAUUGGAAACGAUUCCUUGUGCCACGAGGCGAGUAUCGAUUCAAAUGCUACCAUUAUUCUUAUCAUUCGUUAUUACAAUGUGUUAUUCAAAGUCAGAGAAAAAACAGGACACAAAGGUCGGAUAUUCGAGCGCGCCAAAAAAACUACCAAAAGCACGGGGCGGCGCCGGCGUCCAAAAUCGAAACGUGGGCUGAAAUUUCAAUCGACAUGUGUGUUUGACUUGAUGACAGUGAAGCGCUGUUUGGCCUUACCGAGAGACGUCUUUUUGGCAGGUGCCUUCAUAAUGAAGUCGGCUAACAUCCUGACACGAUUGCUGCUGGUGUGGCUACAAUUCACAGCGUCUUCGGGAGCAUUUGCUCCGGCCCGUUUGGGCUCAACUCGAACGCAUCGUGGUUCCUCAUGCAAUUCGUCGUCUCCGCCUUUGGUAAAGUCAGGAGGAAAUUGGCCAAAUUUCCUAGCGUCUUUCCAUCAAACGGACAGUAACGCGAAAAACAACGUCGUGAAUCAGCUGGUGUACCAACUCGCGCAAGAGUCCCCCAAUGCGACCUAUAUCAAUGAAUGUAUUCCGCAGCUAGAAGAGCUUGGGAAAGCUACUGUUGGUGUGGACGAGAAUGACUCCAGUCGCUUUGAACGCGUGAUAGGUCUCUACAACGUCAGCUUUGUCCAAACGCGACAAAAGGACGAAAAUCCGGUAGGAGGGCGUUGGACACGGUCGUCCGGAUUCGCCCAAAAGAUCCUCCGUACUCGCCGCACUCUGCAGCAUGUACUUCCAGCGAACGACACCGGUUGUGCACGGGCAUUGAUGUUCCAAAAUCGUAAAGUCGUUGCUGAAGCUAUCAACGUGAUUGUGCUGGAAGCCUUUAAUGGUUGGAUACGCACGACAAUUUUGCUUCGUGGAGAUUGCGUUCCGUUGAACACAACGGAGCGGAUACAAGGCACGUGCCAGCCGCUCUCUCCGUUGGCGGUUCGAGUUUGGUUCGACGCACCUCGAAUCAUCAUCGGGCGAACAGGACGGUUUUUCAAUCUGAAUGUUGGACCGCAAAGCAGUGUUGUCUUGGAUACUCCCUUCGUAGACGAACGUGUCCGCUUAGGUCUAGGAGGACGGUCGGGUACGCGCUUUGUAUUUGCCAGAUGCGACACUCAAGAUACGGAAGCGACAGCCUUUCGAACGUUACUGCAGAGAAAGCCAUGGAGCAAGGUCAAGACAUUAUCUGUUUUGGUCGGUAUAUGCGGGGUGGGAAUCUACAGUGCGAUUGGCCGCGCAGAAAAGCCGAUCUUAGGAGGCGCAAUAUCUGUAUUCUCCGCUUUGUUUGCAAUGUUGAUUGCCUUUUCGAGUGGAGGUAUAGAGCAGGAGAAUAUAUCCGCCAAGCAAGCUUUAGAGUAG